AUGUUGCUCCUUCUCCUGAUGGCGUUCCGAACUUCCGCCACGUCAACAUCCUCCACAACUAGUGCAACUCUGUCGAUAUCAUCGACUUCUCCUCCACCCCGCAAGUUUCCAAACUCGACAGAAAGAGCAAUGAUCUAUCGGAUGAUGUUCGACGCGUCGACUCGUUUCCGAACCGGUAACAGACAUUUGAGAAAAACACACACAGACAUUUGCAGAGAAUUACCGCAAGGCGCCGCUGAUGUUCGAGCAGGAUUGGCAGCUGUGCGACGAGACAUUCCGAUGGCCAAGUCGGCAAUUUUUUGAACUCUUUCGGAUUGUUUAUGUGUGUGUGUUGCAGAGUGCUGUUUGUGGCGCGACAAGAAGACGUUCGCGAGAGGCACGACCGACUGCGACCACAUAAAAGGAGACGUGCUGCUCGAGAACGACUACGACGCGAACCUCUUCCAGGUGACCACACUAUAUAUCAGACUUGCAACGGGCCGGGCCAAAAUUGGAAAUUUUCCGGCCCGGCCCGGUCGGCCGGGGAGGAUGCACCUAAAAAAUCAAGUUGACCGCCGUUUUCUUCAAGCACUUUGUCUUCGUCCAUUUUUACCCACCAAACUUUGAAAACGGCCUACGUUAUCGUCGUUUUGCUUCAAUUUCGAAGAUUCAUUGUAAAAACCAGCAGAAAUAGAAAAAAAGACGAAAAAGGCAAUGUUAUAGCAUAAAAACCUGUUAAAAAAUAGAAAUUGCUGUUUAAAGUCGCAAAAUUUUCACAAAAAUUACGAAAAUUUUCUCAAGAGUGGGCGGAGCGAUUGAUUGCAACUCUGGCACGCCAUUUUAGCAAUUUUGCCGCACGCGUUUUCCUCUUCCUUCAUAUUUUUUUUGCAUAUUUUUUUUGAGGUCUAACUUCCGGGCCGGGCCGACGAUUUGCUGGCCCGGCCCGGGAUUUGGCAAGUCUGCUAUAUAUUCACUUUUUCCCGUUUUGUCAACUCUCCAAUGUUGUCUUUCAGUCUUUCCUCGACAUCAAACAAAUCCAGGGCAAUCUGGUGCUUCGGAACACUACCAUUGUCGCAUUCGGAGUGCCACAUCUUCUGAAGAUUGGCUUCAAAUCAUCGGAUUCCAAACAGUUUCCGGCAGUGAUUUCCGUUCACAAUAAUCCAUUACUCGUUCAAUUUCGACUUCGCAGAGUGAAAGUCAUCGCCAAAAGCCCGGUAGGUCCUAAAAAAAGCAGGCUUGCCAAAUUACGGGCCGGGCCGAAAAUUUGCUGGCCCUGCCCGGUCGGCCCGGCUCAAAAGGCGCGAAUUCAAAUUUUUCGGGGAAAUCUAUUUUUUCGUUUUUUUUGCGGGGAUCAAAUUUUAAAAAAACGGAACUCGUUGAAAAAGCGUUUCGAACUGUAAGAAAUUUAUUGGGAAAAGUUAUUAUUUUCUUCUUUUUUAAUUGUUACUUUUGCUUUGAUGCCAAUAAUAACUAUUUUUGAAAACUACAUUUUUUUUUAUGCUCGAUACUUGCAAAAUUCGUUAGUUCUACGAAAAACAAACAUUUUAUUCAAUCAAUAGUUCAAAAUUUGGAUUCCCGCUUUUUGAACCGGGCCGGCCCGGCCCGUGGCAACUCUGAAAAAAAGUGAGAUGAUGCAAAACCGAACGUUUUUAGGGUCAAAAGUAUGCAAAGUUCAGUGGAAAUCCAAAACUGCGAAUCGAUACGAAACAAUAUCAAGUUUUGAAGAAAGCCAGCAAAGGCAGCGAUGAUUUCGAGCAGUUCGUGGUGAGACCCAGUGAGUUUUCUUCCGCACAACACUAUCCAAUCGAUUCAUAGUCACGUACAAACGCCACGAGAGCUGGGAGUCGUAUCCGUACUGGAUCCUGGCGGCAAUGAUCUCGAUUGCACUCACUCAUCACUUUGUUAUGAUCGAAAUCAACGAGAGCCGGAUUGAGAAGAAGGACAUUGAAAUGAUAUCGGCGAUUCGGAAGAUGAGAGACGCAGUGUUGGCCGCCGAGUUACUGUACGUCGGGGUCUUGAAACGAUAAUUGAGGCCUCUUUUUGCAGACUUCAAACACCAGACGACACUUUUCUGUCGGUUAGGAACCCCGGAACUACCGCAAUCCUACAAUAAUACAUUUUGCAGUUCGAUUCGGACGUCCUCCGUUUGUGCAGUGAACAAUUGGAUUUAAUGCAACAAAUUCAAAGGACUAUGGAUUCGUGA